AUGCUGGAGUCCCCCAGGGACUGUCUCCGAUUGGACACGGAUAACCAUAGACAUUAUGAGCAUUACGCAAGACCUAGUGAUGAUCAGAGCGCUUUCACUCCCUCACUUUCUCCCGCGAUGACCCCCUUAGAACAACAGUUCUGCAUUCCAGAAUACACUGUCCCUGGCGAAUACUUUACACCUCUUACGUCGCCAGCUCUAGAAGCUCGAAAUUCCAAUGGCAAUGGGUAUAUUUUCAAUGGCACCACAUCCCACACUCCCGAUAUGGGCUUUAUAUCCUCGCCUGUAGAAAUGGCCAAUCAGCUUCCCAUUACCUCUGUUCCCUCGUCUCCAGGAACGUCGCGCAAACAGCGGGCAAAGUCGUCCUUUUCAAAUCGAGCUGGUUCACGUCUAGCUCGUCAAUCUCCGUCAGUCCGUCCUCUUAGCCGCCGAAAACCCAGCACAUCCGGGCCAUCUGCCGAUAGUGGCAUUUUUGCGAACCAUGACAAGAGCUCGAGUCGACCAUCAGUGAAACAAAUCGAUGGAUAUCGCCAUACAGGAAGUACGGAAAGUUCCGGACAGGAUUCUGUUUCCCCAGAGCCCUUAUCAGAGCCAUUGAUGCCACCGCCUGCACUUCCCCGAUCGGCAAAAUCCCCGUGCAUAGGAACGCAAGACUCUAGAUCGGAAGCAAUAUCCCGCGAGGCCGCAACUCCUGCUACUCUGAUGAAUUUGCAGCGCCAAUCCCAGCCUACGCCGCAAAACUCCAAGAACCAAUUCUCAAGAAGCGGAGGCCUCACUGUCAAUGAAUAUCCUGAUGAGACGAUGGAAGAUAUGUCGUUACCCGAAGCCGCAUCCUCGAAUUCUGAACUCGCUACCGCGUCAUCCGGGAUAAUAGUGACGAGCGGUGAAACAACCCCAAAAAUCGUAGCAGAACAGACGCUAAGGUUGAAACCAGCCAACAAUGGAUCUUCAGAACGUCCAUAUAUCACCUCCGUCACCCCAAGCCCUCAAAUCAACGCUAUGGCAUCUCCAACUGGGCCAGUCGGUCUCAAGCGGACGGAUUCGAAACUGAAUGGCAGGGUGUCCAAGAAGCGACAAAGUGUUAGCUCCUCGCAGGUUAGCCCGGCAUUGCGGCCGAAAAUUAGUCCCAGCAUUCAACCUUUAAUUCAUGGCGAUGUGGGCAUCAACACGGAAACAUCAGUUCUUUACCUCGCCUCGAAAUCCAAUUACCAACAUAUCCUCGAGGGUACUCUUCUCCCAGGUGUCUCUUAUCCUAACGCAUUGGCCGAAAACCUGAGUUCCAAACGGACGAAUCAUAAACUAGCCGAACAGGGUCGCCGAAAUCGCAUCAAUACCGCGCUCAAAGAGAUCGAAAGCUUACUGCCACCGUCACUAAUACGAGAGAGGGAAAAAGCAGACAAGGUCGGCAUUGAUGGAGGCGAUGGGGCCACCAGCAAAUCAUCAGAUAGACCAAGUUCAACUCAAACUAUCAGCAAGGCAAGCACCGUUGAAAUGGCAAUUGUUUACAUCAAGUCGCUACAACAGGAGAUCUCGGAAAUCAAGGAGAAACUGCAAGCUGCGGAGUCAAAACUGCUAGAGAGCUCGAAUAAGGGUGGUGGGAGUCCGCGAGAAACUGAUGAAAAAAGCAUAGUAAAAGUUGCCCCGAAUGCUGCUGUCGCUUGA